CACAAUGCGUGGAGGGCUGCGCUGUUUUUCAUGGCAACAAACGGUAGAGUUGUUUAGAGAUAGGACCACGGACAGUGUCACAACAAUUACACAGCAUUACUGCUGAAUAUCAGUUCCAAGGCACGAAGAUUGCUUUUAAUACCUACAGAUAAAAACGUGUUUUUCUUUUUUUGUGAGCCGGGUAAAUUUGUUGUCUAGUAUAAGAAUCUGACAGAGGGCACUGACUGGGGUGUGAAUGACACAAGAGAGGAUUAUGUUUAGAAAAUGGUUCCUUGUCAGACCCAUGUGAUGUUGAAGUGGCAGGAGCAUCUGAAUGGCUCAUGGGCAGCAGAGGACAGCGUCCAGGUGACCAUUCGCCAAGGCGCUGCCGCCCUCUACAGCAAACUCCUCAGCAACAAGGAGGUGGUGGGAUUGGCCCAGCCUGUUCAAGACCUACUCGGCCCCCGGCUGCCCGACUUCCAGUACGAAGCGAGCGCCACGGAGGAGCGGGAGGAGUACCUGGCGGCUCUUCUCCACAGCCAGCGCUGCCUGGUCCGCCGCACGCUGGCCAGCACGCCCUACGCCCUGUCCCUGCAUCACAGGCUGGUGGUGCUGCAGAGGAUCUACUACGCGCUUCACAGCAAAUACCACGACCGCUUUCGGGUGGGGCCCCCGGCCCAGUCUGUGCCCAGCGCGGAAAGUGGGGUGUUGGAAAAGGCCUCGGAGACUUGGCUGCAGGGGACGCGGGUGAAGUCUGGAACAGAUGUGUUGAUUGAGAUGGGUGUGAGGACAGGCCUCAGCCUGCUGUUUGCCCUUUUGCAGCAGAACUGGCACCAAGCCCAGCUGGAUCCCAGCUUGGCGCUGUGCAAUGACGUCCUUUCCACGGCAUCCUCUGUACUGUCUUCCCUUCCCCCUCUGUCCCUGGCGAACGAGAACAAGAUCCCGCUGGUGGGGCUGGACUGCCUUGCUCAGGUGACGGCUUUUCUGAAGAGGACCUCGGUCCCCAGCUCAGGGGCAGACGUGGCGGGGAGGCGGCUGGCCCUAGAGCUCUUACUGGGGCUGGCCAUGCAGCGGGGCUCCCUCAGGUUUCUGCUGGAGUGGAUCGAGGUGGCGCUGACUGCUUCUGCUGCGGCGUGCUUGAGAUCAUCCAAGCUGUCUGCGAGUGAGGAAGGGAUUGGCUAUGACUUCAUUCUCCAAACCCUGGCCCAAAUGAGGCAAAAUUCGGGUUUCCGUGGCGAUUCUGUCAAUGGUCCGGAGCUGAAGAAGAAUGUGGAUGGACUGUGCAGUCUUGCUCAUGUGGCUCUCUGUCUAUUUGAUGAGAUCUGUAACCUGGCUUCAAGCUGCUUGUGUUCGUGCAGCACCGGCACUGGAUCCCUGGGGAUAGAGAGUGACACAGUGAUGGUGUAUGUCUGGGGUAGUAACAGCAGUCACCAGCUAGCAGAAGGCACUCUGGAGAAGAUCCUGCAGCCCAAGCUGGCACAGGGAUUUAGUGAUGCUCAAAUGAUUGAAGCGGGGCAGUACUGCACUUUCUCGGUAUCUGCCGAUGGCUCUGUGAAGGCCUGUGGGAAAGGCAGCUAUGGGAGACUGGGGCUGGGAGACUCGAACAACCAGUCUGUGCCCAAGAGACUGGUGCUGGAGCCCCCUCGAAACAUGAGGAAGGUCUCCUCUUCCAAGGGCUCUGAUGGCCAUACUCUGGCAGUAACCACAGAAGGGGAAGUCUUCAGCUGGGGAGAUGGGGACUAUGGAAAACUGGGGCAUGGAAACAGUGCUACUCAGAAAUACCCUAAACUCAUCCAGGGACCAUUACUUGGCAAGGUGGUGGUGUGUGUGUCUGCUGGCUACAGACACAGUGCAGCAGUGACUAAUGAUGGAGAGCUCUACACCUGGGGAGAAGGGGAUUUUGGCAGGCUUGGUCACAGUGAUAGCCAUAGUCGUAAUGUCCCAACCCUGGUGAAGGAUAUCAGUGGAGUGGGACAGGCAGCCUGUGGCAGCUCUCACACUAUCGUUGUGGCUCAGGACGGAAGAGUGGUGUGGUCCUUUGGAGGAGGAGACAAUGGUAAACUCGGUCAUGGAGAUACAAAUCGUGUUUAUAGGCCCAAAAUAAUUGAGGCUUUACAUGGACUCAUUAUCAGGAAAGUGUGUGCGGGCAGUCAGUCUUCACUGGCAUUGACAUCUGCAGGACAGGUUAGAGGAACUGGAAAUUCAAGAAUUAUCAUCAAGGAAUGCAUAUCCCUCCGAUUGACUGGUGUCAAAGUCCAGGAUGUACCCUGCCUUGUGGCCAUUGCUUUCUGGAAUAGGCUCUGGCUUCUCCGUGACACUGAAUUGGAAGAAGAGGUGUUUGCGUGGGGCUGUGGAUCGUGUCUUGGAUGUGGGUCUUCUGAAACAACUUCCCUGAGACCCAGGUUCAUAGAGGAGCUGGGUGUCACUAAGAUCAUUGAUAUUUCCUGUGGGGACAGUCACUGCCUUGCAUUGUCACACGAAAAUGAAGUGUAUGCAUGGGGUAAUAAUGCGAUGGGUCAGUGUGGACAGGGCCAUACCUCUACCCCAGUCACAAAACCAAGGAAAGUUAUUGGACUGGAAGGAGUGGCCAUUCAGCAGAUCACUGCGGGUACCUCCCAUAGCCUGGCCUGGACUGCAGUGCCUACAGACAGACAACUUGUGGCUUGGCACAGACCUUUCUGUGUGGAUCUUGAAGAGAGCACCUUCAGUUACCUCCGCAAUUUUCUUGAACGCUUCUGUGAUGGAUUCAGCUGUGAUGUUCCUCCACCCCCUUUCCUGUCUAAGAGGGAGCACCACCAGUUCGUGCUGCUGUGUAUGAAGCUGCUGUCCACUCACCUGUCCCUGGCCCACGCUGGAGGAACAGGAGCCACAGUCCUAGGAGCCCAGGGAAGGCCUCUCCGCAAUCUGCUCUUCAGGCUCAUUGACUCCAGUGUUCCUGAUUCUAUUCAGGAGGCAGUGAUGAAUACUCUCUCCAUUGGUGCUUCACUCUUGCUGCCUCCUCUCAGGGAGAGAACCGAGCUCUUGCACUCACUUCUACCUCAGGGCCCUGAUAGCUGGGAGAACCUUACAAAAGGCCAGAGACUGCAGCUGGAUAUGGUGCUGAACAGCCUUCAGGAGCAGUCCCACGUGGCCUGCUUGCUGGGGUACAGCUCACCUGGGGAGCUCUCUGUAGGGUUAAGCUUCACAUCUUCACUUGAGCCCCCAUCAGGCACCUUGGAGACACCUGAUCACUUUCACCUAGCAGAAGUCCUGUUGAAAACUCUACUACUGAAUAUUGGUUAUUACACUGAACGAUCUUUUGGUGAACUGGAGAAGAACAGUGACAAACAACAAUGCAGCAAAGCUCAGAAGCAGUCCGAUCCACCACCUCACUUUCAUCGAUUGCUGUCAGCCCUCCACAGACACCUCCUGGCACACUGCUACAUCAGUACCAGCACCAAGGAGGACUGCAGCGAAACUUUGCUUCACAGACACCUUUGCCUGCUUUUGCCUUGUGCUGCAGAAACCUUCAAGCGUUCUACCAUUUUUCUAGAAGAGAGCUCUCUUGACAAGCAUGUUAUCAGAAAAUUGCACACUGUCCUGUUCAGCUCUGCAGCAGGUAGCCUGUUGUGCCAGGUGAUCUACUCUCUCUUGCUCCUGCCUCUCCACGUUGUGCGGCCCCUGCUGCCUCAUCUGCUCUCUCUGUUGGAACACAUCAGUGAACUCAACUGUUUUUUGCCUGACACUGGGCUUCUGGAAGAACAGGAGAUGGAGGGAAUGUCACUAGAGAUUUCCGAUGGUCAGGGGUUGUCUUCUGAGGAUCAGCCUGUGGGCUGGGUGUGGCUGCUGGACUUGGAGAGAUCAGUGGCCCUGGCCAUCGGGCGUUGUCUGGGUGGUAUGCUACAAGGGCAGCCUCCUUCCACACAGGAGAUAGCUACAGAGUUCUGGCUGCAUAACCCCCUUUUCAGAAAUGGUCUAGAGAUGGACUAUGAACAGUUAGACUCCCUAAUGACCUUGCUGACAGAGGCAGCUCUCUCUGGCUGUACUGAUGGCAAGUUUGGUGAUUUGAAAGUGAGUGAGGAAAAUUCCCUGCUGGUAGAUCUGGCUCUGGGCAUAUCAAGAGAGCCUGCUCUUGGACUCUGGAGAAAAAUGAAGGAUUACGCCAUCAGCAAAGACUGGGACAAUGGCAGUACAGCUGGAGAUUCCCUGCUUGAAACAGCAUGUCGCUGCAGUUUUGCUGCUUUACUGAAGCACACUGGCCUGCUCGAUGAAGCUUACUGGCAAGACAGGUAUGAACCUUCUGAAAUACUCAUUGAAAUCUAUCAAGCCGUGUACAAGGUUCGAAGUACUCUUAUAUCAUAUAAAGAUUCUACAGGGAGCACUGCAAGUUCUCAGACAUCAACCUACACCAAACAGAGUUCUGUAAUAUCUCAGAGCCCUGGUGAUGGGGUGCUGGAGGUGUCCAGUAGCGGCUUUGUGGAGAGGGCAGUGAAUGGCAGUGAAGGCCAGCAGGGCAGCCAGGCGGCCACUGCAGAACACAACCAGGAUGAGGAACCGGAGGAAGACAUCCCCAGCAUCAGCAGUAUGUACUUGCCUGAGGUUCUGCAGUGUUUCCUGGCCACACGAGAAGCCAUGCAUCUCCAUCAGACUGAGACGGUGUACGAGUCGUCGGGGACAAGCACGCGGCCCAGCAGCAGUGACAGCCCCGGUUCCCCCGAGAGGGAGGUCAGCCUGCUGCGCCGUGACUGGGAGAGGAAGAGAGGGGGCUCCGAGGAAGGCCUGUCCUUCCCGGCUGCUUGCCAAGCCGUCAUCUCCCGCUGUGCCUUCCUCAUCCUGGGAGUCCGGGCUGCCUGGCAGGACAGAGAAGAGCUGACUGACCUGCAGACACAUCAUCUGGGAUGCAGGCAAUCAGUCUCUUCAUCAGAGGGAGAACAUUUACUUAAUUUAAAGUCAGGAUUCAGUGUGUGUAUGUCUGGCAUAGUGGAAUCUGGAACAGUGGAGAAGAAAGCUUCUCCAGAUCCAUCAAGGGUUCCAGCUGGAUCUUCAAAAAACAGAAUGGGCCUUCCCCUCUGUUCCCUGGGGAUCAUGAAGGAUGCCUGGGAGAGACUGCGGCAGUGCAUCAGCCCGACUCCUAACCAUUGUGUGGCCUCAAGCUCCUAUGUGCUCAGCCAAGUCUUGCACUUCCUGUGUGGGAGCCUGCUGAAGACGUCCUGUCUUGUAGAGAAGGAGGCAGGCAGCCAGGCAGACCCUAAAGCCAUAACCCUGGCAAUGACACAACAGCAGCAGAGGGCCGAGGUGCGUUUAGAAGCCCUGUGCCAGAUUUCUUCUUUCCUCUCUGAGAUGGAGGAUAAGAGACACAGCUCCACAGUGCCACCGAGGUUCCCUGGCUUGCUUCAGUCAGUGCAGCUGCAGUUCCUGUCUGGUUGCUUUGAUCUUGGGACCCAUGUGUCAACAAACCAGUCAGGGAGCAGUAGCAAGAUGAACCAUUACUCUUCUGGAACACGGUCUGCCAAGAUGAGCACACAGCAGGAGCUUCAGGCUGCAGCGCACACCUUCCACCAGCAGGUGGUGCGAGUCCUCACACAGAAGGUUGUGACUGAGAAAGAACUUUCAGGGUCUUAUCAGCAUCUCCUCCUUGCCACUCUCUUUGCCUUGAAUUUCCAUUACCAGCCUGUUGACUUAGUUAUAAUGGUCAAGAGCGGCAUUUUGGAGAUUCUGUCCAAGCUGACAGACGAUACUUGUAUGCUCCUCAGCCAGCGCUGGCUUGCUGCCUCAGUGUCCGAACACAUGUUGCUCAGUGGUGCGGUCAAGCUGGCGAGCGCAAGACUGCUGCAGAUACUGGCUGUUGCUGCCAGCUCCUGUGAAGAUUCCCUACCGCUAGAGGUUCUGCAAGCCCUGAUGGAUGUCAUGUGCGACCAGCUGCAGAGCCUACUUCACGUGCUUCACCAGCUAGACGUGCUGGAGAAAAAUACAGGGGACAAAGCAGAUGUCGGCGCUUCUGGCAAAAACUCCAAACAAGGAAAAACAGAGGUUGUGAGGAGCAGCCGAAUUGUGGAGUCACAGCUUGCAGAUUUCUUGGUGUUUCUCCGUCGGAUAGUCUCCCUGAAAAGCACCAAAAGAAUCUCUGUCUUUGCUAAAUGGAUUGAUCCUCUCAUGGCAGUGGUGUCCCAGAAAAGAUCCUCAGGUGUUCCACUUAUUAAAAAUCUGCGAACCAAACUGCUCACUUUUCACAUUUUGGAAGCCCUGCUACCUGCAUGUACAGACCCAGUGCAGGUUAAACAGAUUGUUGAUAAACUCUUUGGGUUGUUAUCAACAUGUAUGUGGGAGGAGCCUCUAGUUGCCAGCAAAAAACUUGAGAAAUCCCCUGAAAGCUCCAAGCAGGAUUCCGUGACUGAAGAUGAAUGUAUUCCUAUUGGAGAUUUCUCCUUUGAUCCAGACAAAAUGGUUUGCUGCUCACUGGAAAGUGGAAAUGUUCUUUCACAUGGGUCUGGUGGAAAAGGCUACGGCUUAGCUACAACAGGUGUAACGUCCGGCUGCUUCAUUUGGAAGUUUUACAUUACCAAGGAGAACAGAGGCAACGAAGGCACGUGUGUGGGAGUGUCACGCUGGCCUAUCCGGGACUUCAGCCACCGCACCACCACAGACAUGUGGCUGUACCGAGCCUACAGCGGCAGUCUCUACCACAGCGGCGAGAUGGGUCGCUGUCUGCCCUCCUUCACCCAGGGCGACACCAUCACCUGCAUCCUGGACAUGGAGGCUCGGACCAUCUCCUUCGCCAAAAACAACAAGGAACCAAAGCUGGCGUUUGAAGGUGUUGAUGCCACUGAGCUGUACCCUUGUGUGAUGUUUUACAGCAGUAACCCUGGGGAAAAAGUGGCCCUGUGUGACCUGCAGAUGAGAGGGAUGCCCAACGACCUCCUUCCGGGGGAGCCUCUGUGCAGCCCCCGAGCCAUCGUCCAGCUGGAGGCUGCCAUCCAGCUGCUGCGUGUGCUGCAUCGGCACGACAGCUGGACGCCGCACAUCAACAGGCACAUGCAGACGCGGCUGGAGCUCCUCAGGCCUCUCUUGAAAGACACAGGGAUGGGGAAGUCAAGCAAAUUACAGAUGGAGGCACCAGGUCACAGUAAGAAAGGUCCUGCAGAUGACAAGGAGUGGAGUGGCGCGAGAGACACAGACUCGGUCCCUGGCCCCUCCAAGCUGUCUGAGCCUCAGCUGACUGCUCUGUGUUGCGAGGUGUGGCCAGUGCUGGCAGUGAUUGGGGGAGUGGACAGCGGACUCAGGGCUGGAGGACUUUGUCUACACAAACCAAGUGGCCGGAGGGCUACCCUGCUGGGUGUGCUGAAAGAAGGGAGCACUUCUGCCAAGCUGCAGUGGGAGGAGGCUGACCUGACUGUCAGCUUCCUGAAUUCUUGGUCACCCAGCGACACCCCACUGUCCUCCCUGGAGCCCUGUGAAGUUCCCCAGUUGGAUGUCACCAGAUUCAGAGGCCUGAAACCUUCUGUCUUGUUAGACCUGAUCUGUCUGACUGGGGUGCUGGAGGAGCAAGAUGGCCACAUCCAGAGGGCCUCAAAAAAGAGCUGUCCUGAGGGUGGUCAGCAGAGCGAACUGGAGAGGAGACUGGACGAAGACAUAGCCAGAGUCAUGAUGGAUGAGGAGGGGUGUAGAGUAACAGCAACUGCUAUGAACUCCGAGAACACAACCGCAUCAGAGCUCCUCUGGGAAAAAAAAUCUCUUGAAGAAACCAAAGAGAUUCGAGUUGAACAGGAAGGCAGCUCAUGUCCCCAGACAGUAAUCCAGACAGAUCUCUCUUCCUCUGAGCUGCAUGCUAUCCGGGUGUCUUACCUCUUGCUUGGUGCCUUGAAGUCACUUGCUGUCAUUUUGAGCUGUGGUAAAUACGCCGAUAUGCUCUUAGUACCAAAGUUUGAAUCUGCCUGUCAGAGCAGCCCCGAUUUUUCCAAGCAUCUCAGCAGAAUGGAAAACACGGAGCUGCAGUCGGUCCUCCAGUUUCUGGUGCGAAGCAUGGUGAAAUGGGCUCUGAAGUCAUGCCCCAUUAAAAAGACUUUGUCCCUGGCAGACUUAGAGAGAGCUCAGGUCAUGCUCUUCAAGGGAGCUCUUGACAGGAUGCAUGAGGAAUCUGGAGCCAAAGACCAUCAAAAGGAAUCUGGGCUGUCGGCACAAGUUCCAAACCAGACAAUGUCUGAAUCUUCAAGCACAAUGUCUCUGCACAGCAAUGGCUCAGAGGGAAACAACACAUUCUGCCUGUCUACAGCAGCUUCUACUUCAUCCUCCAGCAAUGACCUGGCAGCCUCCUUGCUCUCUGCGCUACAAGCAGAUGGGCUGGAGAACUUCAACCCAUUCCUUCCCAUCAAUUUGCUACAGCAGAUGGUCUUAGCAAGGUUCCCCACUUUGGCUGGCCUGCUCAAUAACCCCAUGUUGCAUCCUGGCUUCAACAUAGCAAAUUCUGCUUCCUGUGAAGGCUUUACAGAACAGCAUCCGAGCUUCUUAGGAUCAUGCAGCAGAAUCAGUAAUACAGCUGGUAAGGAAGAACGACCUCAAAUCUGUGUUCCUAUGCGAUUACUAGAAAUGGGCUUCACUAUGAGACACAUCUACAAAGCUAUGGAAGCUGCAGGAGUGACAGGGGAAGCAGAUGCUCACACCAUUGAGAUUCUGGCCAGCUGGAUGCUAGAACAUCCCCUGUCAGAAGAUGAGCCCCCCACAGAGAUCCCCGUUCACAAUGAGAAUCUCUCUCCAGAGGGACCAGAGACUGUCCAGUGCCCAGAGUCUCCCACACGAACCUCCCUCCAGGACAGCACUGAGGCAAACGACAGGUUACUUGCAGGUCUAGACCUAGUGGAAAGAGAGAAUUUCCUUGAUGUCCAUCUCACCAGGAACAGGCCUCCUCCAGCCCGCAGACAGCGCUCCGCUGUGGGGCAGAGGACUUUCAUGAGGAGAGCAGAUUCUCCGUCGCCCAACCUGCUCCCUCCACUCUUUGGCCGGGAGCAGGGGAUGUUGGAGUGGCCGGAGAGGGCAGAGACUCAUCCUUUCCCUGCUGAGGAGGAACCUGAGCUGGGCUUCAUGGAUGACCCCCAGCAGGAGGAGCCUUACGAGGAGCUCCUGACACCUGAAUUCACUAACAGUGAGAGGGACACGCUCUGGGUGGUUGAGGGGGGAGAAGAUAAUACUGAAGCCACUGAUAUGGUGGAGUGUGAGCUUUGUGACACUCUGACCUUACAAUUCAACAGUCACAUGAAACGCCAUCACCCAGGUUGCGGGCAGAGUACAGGUCGACGAGGCUACCGUAGCAAUGGCACGUAUGUGGAUGGCUGGUUUGGAGGGGAAUGUGGCUCUGGCAGCCCCUACUACCUUCUGUGCAGAACCUGCAGGGAAAAAUACCUCACUGCUAAAUUGGGGAACUGGCACUCCAAUUCCAGCAGGAUAAAAGGUUUUGCUUCAGAUUUGGUUGGAAGAUUGGAUAGCAGUUCAGACGAUGAGUGGGAGCUUAUAGACCGGGAAGACAGCGACUGUGACAGGCUGACAGGAUUUGAAGAUUUUGGCGUCCUGUCAGGGCCCCUUGGGCUGAAUGAAAAGAAGCUUAUUCCAGACCCCAUCCCUUUCACAGAGCCUGACCCCCUGGGUGCUUUGGUUACCCAUUCUUUCAGCUGUGAGCAAAGCUUACUGUACAAAGGAGGCUGCAAUAUGGAGGAAAAGGCUUCUUCUUCCCAAGUGAGUCUGGGAGAGCAGGCAGCUUCCCUGCGAGACCCCCAGGACCGACUGCUGGCCCUGAAACGGGUCACCUGUGCGACACAGGUCCUGCUGGCCCACAGCAUGGUCAUGAAGGCACUCUCACGGAUCUCUGCCAGUGCUUCACUUUAUAGCCAAUCUAGUAGCCUGGAGGCUCUAGGACUUGCUGACAUCCGUAUACUGGUGCGACUGAUGUGCUUGGCAGCAGCAGGAAGAGUCCAUACAGCCAUAAAGCCCCUGGGAUCUGGACAGAGUGCUCCAUCAGAGAGGACAGGCUCCACCUUCCUCACAUUUCUCAGCUCAGCCAUUGGCUGCCUGGUUUCAAACAGUCCCAGUGCCUAUAGGGAGCUAGUUGACAUCUGCACCCAGGAUUUGAGUGCUGCAGCUACUGGAAUGAAUAUUGGGGCAAUCAGUGACCCACAGCAGAGACGCCGUCUCAUUUCCGCAAUUAAGGGACCAGCAAGAGAUGUCAAAGAGUCAACAUCCUCAACUUUCCUGGUUACUCAGAGCCUGGUGUCUCUGCUGACAGAGAAGGGCAUCCGUUACCGCCAAAGCCCAGAGAAACCAGAGCUUGAGGUCAAAGAUUCUCAGCCAGCGGUGAGGGUUGGACCACUGGAGCUGGCAAACGCGCUGGCUGCCUGCUGCCUCUCUGCCAGGCUGACCAGCAAACACCGGCAGUGGGCAGCUCAGCAGCUGGUCCAGGCCCUUGCAGCUUCAGAAAGGGAUACUCCCAUCAGGCCUCAGACCUACACAGACAUGACAGGAGACUUGCGCAAGUGCCCAGUGGUGAAGCUGGAGGGGCAUCAUAACAGGGUCACAAGCUGUAGCUGGUCUGGUGAAACAGGCUUGCUUGCGACCAGUGCUCAGGAUGGAACCGUACGUCUUUGGAACAUCACCAAGACUGCCUGGGAAUUGCACAGCACACAUGCCUGCAGUAUAAGAGAAGAGAAGCUAAAUCCAGAGAGUGGCAUGGUGUUUGAGAUAUCUUCUGUUUCCUGGAGUCCUGGGGGUACCUAUUUGGCUGCUUUUCUAAAAAAAGUUGUCUGCAUCUGGACAGUGAGUGGGUCUCAGUUCCACGAGGUGAGUCAGACCUCAUGGGUGACAGCUCUGACCUGGCCGCAGAAUGGCACUCUCUGCCCUCCAGCUAAGGAGGAAGCUGCCAACAGGCCCAGCACUGCUGAGAACCUGCUGGUGGGCAGACUGGAUGGAUCUCUGUGCUGGAUAGAAAUCACUGAAGCCUUCAGUGUCAAUAGCACUGAAUUAACAUGGUGCCAGAGAAAGGAAUCUGUACAGUGUAUUGCUUGGCACAGACUAGAUAAGCCUUUUGCUGUGGGUUACCAAGAUGGGAAGAUAUUGAUCUCCUCGACAGAGCCCUAUGACACAGAGCAGCCUCUUAUUUUGUCUGCAUUUCCUGAGGGUGUAAGUGGUUUAAAAUGGGAUCCCACUGGCCACCUGCUCCUGUCAGUGGCCAGAACAGAAGUGGUGAAGAUCUGGGGUCGCAUGGGCAGCACCUGGCUGGCUCUUCACUCGCUGUUUCACACAGCAGCCGUCAACACUGCGGAGUGGUGCCCGCUGCCAGGCACAGGGCCUGACCCCAGGCUGAUGCUGGCUGUGGGCUGUCAAAAUGGCUUGCUGUGUAUAUGGACAUUACCACAAGGGGGCACUGCAGCAUCAUUACCUAACUUUCUGAACACCAAACAGAACAGAGAGAAGAUCACAGAGCAUCAGCAGCGUGGCAAUGCAAAGUGUGUCUUCAGACUGUACGGUCACAUCACAGCUGUAAAGACGCUGUCUUUCAGUUCCGAUGGGAUGGCUUUAUUGUCUGGAGGAAUAGGGGGCCUCAUUAACAUUUGGUCUCUUUGGGAUGGUGCAGUGCUGCAGACGGUCAUGACAGGCCUGGGAUCAGUCAUUAGCACAACUUGGAUUCCUGAUGUUGGGGUGGCCGUGUGCUCUGGAAGGUCAAAGGAUGUGCUGCUGAUUCGCUGCUCAUCUGACUGGAUUUCUCAGAAUCAUGUCCUAGCCUCCUGUCGAAUGGUCUUAAGAUCCCAGGGCAUUGUGGGGCUCAACAAAAGCCCCUGCAUGGCUGUCUUUCUAGAAAGGCUGCCCCUUCUCCUACAGGAGCAGUACAUCCAUGAAAAGAGCCAUGUUACUUCAGGAGAACAGCUCAUCCACAGUGCCUUCCUCCAAAGCCUGGCCUCCUUGGCAGUGGGGCUUUCUUUAGAUCAGCUGCUUUGCAGGACACCCUGCCCCCCUCACCAUGUGGGCUGCGGUCUGGAGCCCGGGCCGGCCGAGUGGGGCUGGCUCUCCACCUUCUCCACCGCAGUGAAGACUGCUGAAGCGUUUGCCAAAGGAACCUCCUUCCCAGAAUCCUUCACCGUUCCUGAAUUCAGGCAGGCUGGAGAAUCAGAGAUUAGUAGACCACUGGACAAUAGUAAAUGGACCUUCAUGAUGGAUGAGCAUCUAAUGUCGUGGGCCACAACCAGACCUGAGGACUGGCAGCAAGGUGGGAAAAAUGAGGUGUUCCUCUGGGGGGGAGGGCGCCAUGGGCAGCUGGCAGAUGCAGGGACAAACCUCUUGGUACCAACCCUGGCCCCAUCACUCUCUCAAGCACAGCAGGUUGUUUGCGGACAAAAUUGCACAUUCCUGGUUCAGGCCAGUGGGACAGUACUGGCCAUUGGUGAAGGGAGUUAUGGGAGACUUGGGCAAGGAAACUCAGAUGACCUUUAUACCCCCACUAUCAUCUCUGCUUUGCAGGGUUAUGUGGUGAUCCAGCUGGUGACCUCGUGCGGGUCUGAUGGCCACUCCAUGGCGCUCACAGAGAGUGGGGAGGUGUUCAGCUGGGGAGAUGGGGAUUAUGGGAAACUGGGGCACGGCAACAGUGAAAGACAGAGAAGGCCAAAGCAGAUUGAGGCCCUGCAAGGAGAGGAAGUGGUUCAGCUUGCCUGUGGCUUCAAGCAUUCAGCAGUGGUCACAGCUGAUGGGAAACUGUUCACUUUUGGUAGUGGAGAUUAUGGACGUCUAGGGCAAAGGUCAACAUCUAAUAAAAUGUUACCCGAAAGAGUCAUGGCCUUGGAAGGGUACAGUAUAGGUCAGGUGUCCUGUGGUUUGAAUCAUACACUGGCAGUGUCAUCUGAUGGCAUGACAGUCUGGGCAUUUGGAGAUGGGGAUUAUGGGAAACUUGGAACAGGCCCCUGCAAUGUAAAGUGCUAUCCUCAGAAAGUGGAACAUCUGUGCAAUAAAGGAAUAAAAAAGGUGGGGUGUGGGACUCAGAUUUCUGUUGCACUGACAAAGGAUGGACAUGUGUACACUUUUGGACAGGAGCGCUUACUCGGUCUCCCCGACUCAAUGCUGAAAAAUCACAACCGGCCCCAGGUGGUACCAGCCCUUGAGGGUGUGUUUGUGGAGGACAUUGCUGUCGGGUCAGAACACAUAAUAGCCCUUUCUUCUACAGAGGACGUCUACAGCUGGGGUUGUAACUCUGAAGGCCAGCUCGGGCUAGGCCAUUCAAAUCCAGUGAAAGAGCCCACCUUGGUGACCGUUCUGCAAGGGAAAAAUAUCCGGCAGAUCUCUGCAGGACGCUGUCACAGUGCUGCCUGGAUCACUCCCUCAACAGCACCGAGGGCCCCAGGCAGUGCAUUACCCCUGCAGCUGGGCCUUCCUCAGUCUGUGCCCCCUCAAUACAGCGCUCUGAAUGGCUGCAGUCCCGAGGUCCUCAAUGCCCGGCUCAGGGUCCUGUUCCAUUUCUCAGACUUCAUGUACAAGUCCUGGAGACUGCUGAACCUCAACCCCAGGAGCCAGAUUUCUGCCUCACGCUAUAGCUCAGGAACCUCAGCAAUUGUGCAGGGACACCUAAGAGGCCUCCUUGCUCCCAAAGUGAACACUCUUCCUCUGGUGAGAUCGAUUGGAAAGACCAUGACACAGGGCAAGACUUAUGGACCUCAGAUUACUGUCAAGAGAAUCUCAGCAAGGGGACGUUCCAGCAAGCCCAUCUUUGUGCAGAUUGCCAGGCAGGUGGUGAAUCUGAACCCCUCAGAGCUGCGGCUGCCCUCCAGGGCCUGGAAGGUGAAGCUUGUCGGGGAGGGGGCAGAUGAUGCAGGUGGUGUAUUUGAUGACACCAUCACUGAGAUGUGCCAGGAAUUGGAAUCUGGUGUUGUGGACCUACUUAUUCAAACCCCUAAUAGUUCUGCUGAUGUAGGGAGCAACACUGACAGGUUCUUGCUGAACCCUUCUGCAAUCUCAGAGGAGCACAUGAUCCAAUUUCGAUUCCUUGGGAUCCUGAUGGCUGUGGCAGUCCGGACCAAAAAGCCUCUGGAUCUGCAUCUAGCACCUUGGGUGUGGAAGCAACUCUGCUUUAUCCCUCUGAAUGCUCAGGACUUGGAAGAAGUGGACCUUCUCACUUCUCGUAGCCUGCAGGGAAUACUGCAUCUGGAAAACAGUGGCAUCACUGAGGACAACUUCCCUGUGAUGAUUCCACUGGACUCUUUUACUGCACAGAGUGCUGAUGGGAAGUUGGUCCCAGUAGUUCCUGGAGGGUACAACGUCCCUCUGACAUUUGCAAACAGAAAGGAAUAUGUGGAAAGAGCUAUAGAGUACAGACUUCAUGAGAUGGAUCUGCAGGUGGCAGCAGUGAGGGAGGGUAUGUCCUCCAUCAUUCCUGUGCCCCUUCUGUCUCUGCUCACGGCCAGACAGCUGGAGCAGAUGGUAUGUGGAAUGCCCGAGGUCUCGGUGGAAACGCUGAAGAAAGUUGUGCGGUACAGGGAUGUCACUGACACGCAUCAGCUGAUUGGCUGGCUGUGGCAGACUCUGGAGGAAUUCACCAAUGAGGAGAGGGUCCUGUUCCUACGCUUUGUAUCAGGGCGUUCAAGACUGCCUUCAAACACAGCUGAUAUCACCCAAAAGUUUCAGAUUAUUAAAGUGGAUAGGCCUGUCAAUGGCCUUCCUACAGCACAGACGUGCUUCUUCCAGCUGAGACUGCCCCCUUACACCAGCCAGGCCGUCAUGGCAGAGAGACUGCGCUACUCUAUCUACAACUGCCCUUCCAUAGAUAUGGACAACUACAUGCUGUCCCGCAACACAGAUGCUGCAGAAGGCUUAGAGACAGAAUACUGAGAAAGACAAACUCUCACUACCUGGAAGCACAUCCCUCUCUUCUGAAUGCUGCAUUAGAGUGCUCUCUAUGCAAGCGGAGAAGUAACUGCAUGUAAAGUUAUAAAAUGUUGUAACUGAAUUGACUAGUGCCACCACGUUCAUUUAAGGAUGCACACAGAGAAAAUAUCUGAUAUCUGAGAACUGUGCAAACCCUAACUAAAUAGACUAAAUAGACCAUUGUUAUGGAUGACUUUGGGUCUUCAACUUUGUGCACAGAAAGUCCCAAAAAACAAAAACUGCCAAUUCAAAACAGUUUAUUUGGCAAAAUCAGAAAGUCAUUGGCAAAUAAAUUAAUUAAUUGAAAGAGUUGUGACUUCCCAAAGUGAAUCAAGUUUUUAAAUCUGAAAACAAGAUAAUUAUCCCUACCCAAUGGGAUUUUAGUUUUGAACUACAUUAAUUACAGUUUUGCAGUUUCAUAAUUUUUUGUUGUUUAUUUCUAAUGUAUCUGGAAACAAUUUCUUAAUUACUGCCCCCUAUAUCAAGAUGAAAAAAGCAGGACCUCAGCUCUGCCUGCAGCACGAACAACUGGCUAGUGAUAAAGACAGUUGAAACUGACUUACUACAACUGCUGUAUUAGAUGAUACAGAAGAUAAGGAUUCUAUUUAAACUUUAGACUGCAGUAUUGUCACUGAAAAAAAUGAUUACAUCACAGCCUCUCAGGAGUGAAUGUACAAUAUAUAUGUGAAAGCCAAGCACAUAUGCACUCAAAUCACUUUUUUUUUGCCAAAAAAUGGUACUAUUGCGUCUUAAACUGAGUUUUAGUAUUUCAUCACAGUAAUUGACAACUGCUGCUGUUGCAUUGAAAAAUGUGUAGAACUCUAAAUUUUUUAUUUGCACUUUUCCUACAAAUUCAAAGAUGUUUUGAAAGUACUACGAUUUUAAGUAGCCUUACUAUUAUUGCUGUAGUAAGUUUGGCUACACAACUUAUACGGCUAAUACAGUUAGCUGUGAAAUCUACACCUUCUUUGAACGUCUGUCAAUAUUUACCUCUUAUGAAAGGCCUACAGCCAAAACUGGAUUUAUUAUUUGGGCUCUACAGCAUGAUUGCAGUGAUAUUAUAGUUACAGCUUGCAGCGUGUUCUUAUUUUACAUUUCAAAAACCGUUAAUGCUAUAAGAAAACUGAUCUCAAAUGCCCAGAUUGGUCUUUUUCAGGGUUUUAAAAUUCACAUUGGAAAAGUUAGGUACUUGAUCAGGCACUAUAAUGUGUGGUGUUACAGUAACUGGCAUGGGUGUUGACAGUGUUUGCACUUUAUAGACGUGGAUGUAUUGCUGAAUGAGUGAUGGUUUGUGUUUUAUGCUUCUGAAGAAAAGUCAUAUUCAAGAAUGUUACAGGCACUAACCUCUGUAAGCAUUAAACAUUUUAACAGUG